AUGGCUCGUAAUGCGGAAAAGGCAAUGACAGCUUUGGCCAGAUGGCGGCGUAUGAAAGAACAAGAAGAAAAGGGGCCUGUCGCUAAAAGACCGAAUGAUGUGCGGGAAUGUAAGAAAUUGCCUGAUGCAGAGCGUUUCAGACGAGAGAUUAUUAAUGAUAUUUCGAAGAAAAUUACUCAAAUACAGAAUCCUGGUCUUGGUGAAUUUAAGAUACGUGAUCUAAACGACGAGAUUAAUAAAUUGCUUAGGCUCAAAGGUCUUUGGGAGGCUCGAAUAAAAGAAUUGGGCGGUGUUGAUCACAGGAGAAUAGCACCAAGAGAAGUUGAUCGUGAUGGAAGGGAAGUCGCCAGCAACAAGGGAUAUAAAUAUUUUGGAGCUGCAAAGGAUCUCCCUGGCGUCCGUGAACUUUUUCAGAAAGCUACAGAAACUACUUCGAAGAAAACUAGAACAGAACUUAUGCGAAAUGUUGAUGCAGAUUAUUAUGGAUAUAUGGAUGAUGACGAUGGAUUGUUAAUUCCACUGGAAAAAGCUGAAGAAAAAUUGUCAAUUGCGAGGAUAAAUGCGGAAUGGGCAAAAAGAGGACCUGAAAUGAACAGAGAAAAAGAUUUUGAUGAAGACAUUUACAAAGUUCAAGCGGAUUCUGAUGAUGAAGAACCUGUACCAAUAAAAGAAUCUGUCGUUAUGGGAGAAGAUGGACGUGAAAUGGUUAUUAAACAUGUUAUGGUUCCGUCACAAGCUGAAAUUGAGGAAAUGAUUGUUGAAAGGAAGAAGCAAUAUUUGCUUGAAAAAUUUGCUGGAUAA